ACAUUGAACGUCCAUGACAUUCCUAAUGAAACUGAAACUGAUGUGGUUUAAUGGAAAUACCUCGUGUCCAUUACAUAUGUAGUAGUUGUUUAGAUGCAGUAGACUACGCUAACUGCUGUCUCAACUUAAUCUCACAUUUGCACUCACUUUGCGAAGAAAGAGAUUUUAGCUUGACCUGAAACUGCGCAAAUCUCUUGAUUUUCUUGGGUGGAGUUGAACAACAGAUAAACGACGAUGAGGAAAAAUAGGCUAAAUAUUGAGAAAAAAAUACCCAAUACGGAUUCAGUCCAGCAGCAGAGAGCAGACUCCCCUGGACCCAGCUGUGUCUCCAUGAAGAGUGACCGCUCUAUGGAUACACCUUACCGAUUUAAAGAUGGAAAUCCGUCUAUUGAGAAGAGACACCAGGAGAUGUCAAAGGUUGCCAGUGCUCAGUCUGUACAGCAGCAUCAAACAGAGCUAAACAUCACAAAACCUUGCCUGAUGGAGAUGGACCAGGAGGAACAGCCCAACAUAUUGGAGGACGGAUCUGACGCUGUCAAGUGCCAAUAUAAACUAAAGUCUCAUUUGAGGCAGAAGUUCACGUGUGUGUUUGAGGGAAUCGCUGAAACAGGACAGCCAACAGGUCUGAAUGACAUCUACACAGAGCACUUCAUCACAGAGAGAGGCAGUGGAGAGGUCAACAAGGAACAUGAGGUCAGACUGAUUGAAACAGCUUCAAGGAAGCCAGCCAAGGAAGAAAUACCAAUCAGAUGUGAAGACAUCUUUAAACCCUUACCUGGCCAAGAUCAACCAAUCAGAACAAUGAUGACAACUGGAGUGGCUGGCAUUGGUAAAACCGUCCUAACACACAAAUUCACUCUGGACUGGGCUGAAGGCAAAACCAAUCAUGAUAUAAACUUCACAUUUCCCCUCACUUUCAGAGAGCUGAAUUUACUGAAAGGUGAAGAGUUUAGCUUGGUGGAACUUCUUUGUCGCUUCUUUAUUGAGACGAAAGAAGCUGGAAUCUGCGGAUGGCACCAGUUCCAAGUUCUCUUCAUCUUGAAUGGUCUGGAUGAGUGUCGACUUCCUCUGGACUUCCAGAACAACCCGAUCUGGACUGAUGUCACAAAGUCCACCUCGGUGGACGUGCUGCUGACAAACCUCAUCAGGGGCAACCUGCUUCCCUCCGCUCGCAUCUGGAUAACCACACGCCCUGCGGCAGCCAAUCAGAUCCCUUCUGAGUGUGUUGACAGGGUGACAGAGGUGAGAGGGUUCACCGACCCACAGAAGGAGGAGUACUUCAGGAAGAGGUUCACAGAGGGGACAGUGGCCAACACAAUCAUCUCCCACAUCAAGAAAUCACGAAGCCUCCACAUCAUGUGUCACAUCCCAGUCUUCUGUUGGAUCACUGCUACAGUUCUGGAGGACUGCUUCAAAACAUCCCAGAUAGGAAAAGAGAUGCCCAAGACCGUGACUCAGAUGUACAGCCACUUCCUGAGGGUUCAGUCCAUACAGGGGGACAGGAAGUACCAUGGGAAAUCUGAAACAGAUCCACACUGGAGUUCAGAGAGCAGGGAGAUCAUUGUUUCGCUGGGUAAACUGGCUUUUAACCAUCUGGAGAAAGGCAACCUGAUCUUCUACGAGGCAGACCUGGAAGAGUGUGACAUCGAUAUCAGAGCAUCCUCAGUGCACUCAGGAGUAUUCACCCAGAUCUUUAAAGAGGAGUGUGGGCUGUACCAGGAAAGAGUGUUCUGCUUUGUCCAUCUGAGCAUCCAGGAGUUUCUGGCUGCCCUUUAUGUCUUUCAGUACUUCAUCGACACUAGUGUCAAUCUGCUCUCAGUAGAACAAUCCAGGAAAGAGAAACACCUCUACCAGAGUGCCGUGGACAAGGCCUUACAGAGUGAGAAUGGACACCUGGACUUGUUCCUCCGCUUCUUACUGGGCCUCUCUCUGGAGACCAAUCAGAUUCUCCUACGAGGUCUGCUGAGAAAGACAGGAAUUAGAUCACUGUUCCCUCAGAUUAAACAAUGUCUGAAGAAAUGUACAGGAAGUGGCUCACAGACCAAUAAGAAAACAGCGUCUUACAUCAAGAAGAAGAUGGAUGGAGGUCUCUCUUCAGAGAGUAGAAUCAAUCUGUUGCACUGUCUGAAUGAGCUGAACGACAGUUCUCUAGUGGAGCAGAUCCAACAGUCCCUGACAUCAGGGAGUCUCUUCAAAAAUCGGGUCUCUCCUGCUCAGUGGUCAACUGUGGUCUUCAUCUUAUUGUCAUCAGAAGAGGUCCUGGACGUGUUUGACCUGAAGAAAUACUCUGCUUCAGAGGAGGGUCUUCUGGGGCUGCUGCCAGUGGUCAAAGCCUCCCAAACAUCUCUGCUGAAUUGCUGUGAGCUGUCAGAGAGAUGCUGUGAAGCUCUGGCCUCAGUUCUCAGCUCCAACUCCUUUAGUCUGAGAGAGCUGGACCUGAGUGCCAAUGAUCUGCAGGAUUCAGGAGUGAAGCGGCUCUCUGCUGGACUGGAGAGUCCACACUGUAGACUGGAAACUCUCAGGCUGAAUGGCUGUCAUCUGUCAGAAACAUGCUGUGAAGCUCUGGCCUCCGUUCUCAGCUCCAACUCCUCUAGUCUGAGAGAGCUGGACCUGAGUAGCAAUGAUCUGCAGGAUUCAGGAGUGAAGCUGCUCUCUGCUGGACUGGGGAGUCCACACUGUAAACUGGAAACUCUCAGCUUGUCUGGCUGCCUGGUCACACAGGAAGGCUGUGCAUCUCUGGCCUCAGCUCUGAGCUCCAACCCCUCCCAUCUGAGAGAGUUGGACCUGAGCUACAAUCACCCAGGAGAAUCAGGAGCUGCGCUGCUCUCUGCUGGACUAACGGAUCCACACUGGAGACUGGAAACUAUCAGUGUGGAGCACGGUGGAGUGUGGAGGCUGAAACGAGCUCCAAAGAAGUAUGCCUGUGAACUCACACUGGACCCAAACACAGCCCACAGAGAGCUCGCUCUGUCUGAGGACAACAGAAAGGUGACGCGGGUUGAAGAGGACCAAUCGUAUCCGGAUCACCCAGAGAGAUUUGACAUCUGGACCCAGGUGUUGGGUAGAGAGGGUCUGACUGACCGCUGUUACUGGCAGAUGGAGAGGAAAGGAAAUGUUGUUAUAGGAGUGACAAUCAGAGGAAUCACAAGGAGAGGAGAGGGUGGUGACAGUGGGCUUGGAAUGAACAACACGUCAUGGAGUCUUGAGUGUUCUGAUGAUCGUUACUAUGCCCAUUACAAUGGUAGAGAGACAGUCCUCCCCCUCCCCCCCGCUGGCUCCACCAGAGUAGGAGUGUAUCUGGACCGGCCUGCUGGCACUCUGUCCUUCUACAGAGUGUCCCCAGAUGGAGGAGGGUCCUCAGACACACUGACACUCAUCCACACCUUCCAGUACCGCUUCACUCAGGAGGACCUCCUCCCGGGGUUCAGGAUAUUGGGGUAUGGCUCAGUGUCUUUAUGUCGGUUGUUAACACACACACAAACACACACACACACUCACACAUAAGGGUGCGUGAGGGGGGGCGAGGUCAGAGGGUGAGGGAAGGGUGAGGUUCAGGUGGAGGGUGGGGGACGGGUGAAGUGGUUGAGGGUGAGGGGGGGGGGGAGGUCCUUAACUAGGUUAAGGUUCUUCGGGGUUCUCUCCACCUGUAGGUUCCUCAGGCUCUCCACCUGUAGUUUCCUCAGGGUCCAAGUUAUAGGGCCCUGUCUUGCAUCCAGCGCAAUUGACUUUCUACACCGACGCAUGCAUCUUUGCUAGUUUGCAUCUUUGCUAGUCUAUUCACAACAAAAGGCCAGUGAGGUAUUUCAUUUCACCAUUUAAUGCACUUUAUUUCCUGUUUUAUGCAUGUCAUUUUCAAGUGUCAUAUUUCUGUGUUUUACUUUGUGCUUAUGUAAAUAAUGUAUCAUUUGCAAGUAAAGGAGUCGGGUACCAAUAAAGAACGCCCGUUUUGAAAGUU